AUGGCACCCGCCAGCUCCUCGUGGCUGCUCGAUGCCGUCAUUCGUCCCUCGCUCUCCGCCGUCCUCCCAACGGACCUCGCCGUUUCCCUCCGUCAUUCCCUCCUCAAUCCCCUCCUUCCUCUCUCCGACUCGCCGUAUUUCACGGCGGCUGUGACGCUCGCCGAGCGGACGCAUCAGCAGCUGCACGACGCCGGAUUGGCCUUUCAGAGUAUCCCCUUCGAUCUUAUCAUUAUUGGCCACGCGCUUGCCACGUCAGCAGCCGUGCGGAUCCCCCUGCUGCGACGCCAUUGGCUGCUGUGCUUCUGGGCGUCGUUCUUCACCGGAUAUGGCGGAGGAACGCUCACCUCCCUCCUCCUGCAUGAUCACUUUGUGUGGCUGCGCAACGACUCCGUCCUCCUGCUCUUCGCCCUCUGCUGGUGGGUCAUCACAUACUCUCCAUACGACGUGGGGAGUCGCCUCUAUGCCCUCACACCUGUCAAGCUACUAGCACGGGUGACAGCAAGCAUAGCGCGCACAGGCGUCGUCAUUUCCAGAGUUGACAGGGCAGUUGUGCUGUUUGGGAAGCAUGCUGUGGUGGCUCCAGUCUUCAUUGGCACUCUCGCAGGCUGUGGGGGCCGUCUCAUCUUGGACCUCGUGCUCGCCCUCCUCACUGCAUCGCCUCCCUCUCGCGCUGAGCUGCUCUACCCUUCCUGGCUCUCCCGCUCGGCAUGCAUCAUGGCAGUGGGCUACACUCUAGCCGUCCACUGGGCUGCCUGCUGCACCUCCCAGGCUGCCUUUGCUGCCAUCGCCUCCCUACUC